UUGUCAAUGUCAGUUUACGUCAUACCGCGGAUCUGUGAAUUCCGUAAUUUCGUCGACAGUUUAAAAGUUGUUAAACGAAAUAUUCCAAUUGGAGAAAUCAAAGAUGACUGGCCAUCGUGAACCAACUGUAGUGGGAGUCCCCAACUUCAAUGCAAUGGAGGAUGCUGCCGCUCUGCGUGCUGCUAUGAAAGGCUUUGGUACUGACGAGCAGGCUAUAAUUGACAUCCUGACGUCACGCUCCAAUGCCCAACGCCAGGCUAUCUCGCAAGCCUUCACACAUGAAUAUGGCAGGGAUUUAAUAGAGGACCUGAAGUCAGAGUUAGGUGGUCACUUUGAAGAUGUGAUUGUGGCGCUGAUGUUGCCUCCUGAGGAAUACCUUUGCAAAGAGCUGAACAAGUGCAUGGAAGGGCUCGGUACUGAUGAGAGUGUCCUCAUUGAGAUACUCUGCACUCGUACCAAGAAGGAGAUCGCUGACAUCGUGCAAGCGUAUGAGAGAUUAUACGACCGGCCGCUGGCGGAGCACAUGUGCUCGGAGACGUCGGGCGACUUCCGCCGCCUUCUCACACUCAUCGUCACCCGGGCCCCGCAGGGCGCACGCGAUGAGGAGGCGGGCGUGGACGCGGCGCGCGCGGCCGACAGCGCACAGCAGCUGUACGACGCGGGCGAGGCUAAGUGGGGCACUGAUGAAGAAGUUUUUAACAAGAUCUUAGCACACGAGAGCUUCGCGCAGCUGCGGCUGAUCUUCGAGGAGUACAAGAACCUAGCGGGCCGCACCAUCGAGCAGGCCAUCAAGGCGGAGGUGGACGGCGAGCUGAAGGACGCGUACUCUGCCAUCGUGGAGUGUGUGGAGAACGCGGCGGCGUGGUUCGCGGCGCGCCUGCGCGGGGCCACGCAGGGCGCGGGUACGGACGACGGCUGCCUGGUGCGCGUGCUCGCGAGCCGCGCUGAAAUAGACCUUGGAAAUAUAAAGAAAGAGUACGAGAGACUCUAUGAUAAGACGCUGCAGAGUGAUUUAGAGCAGGGCGAGACCUCGGGAGACUACAAGCGCGCGCUCGUGGCUCUGCUCGGCCCGGCGUAAGAUGACCUCAAUCAGCCGAAAAUAGAAGAAAUUCUAUAGAAAUACGCGUCUGAUAGAUUUAUUAUGCGAGCAGCUUGUUUACGCAGCUUAGAUAUACAAAUACCCACCAUUUCGUCCUUGUAACAGACUAAAUAAUAAAGUAAAUAAAAAUUGUUAAGAAUAUUUAUGAAAGAUCUGAAAAGUAUAUCGUUUUUAUUAAAAGAUUUUAUUCGAGUCAAUUAUAAAAAUGAUCACAUUAUUUGUUACAUUUUUGUAGAAAAUAAAUAAGAAAUUAUGUACCUAAAAUUAACAUUUUGUUUACCUAGUUAUGAAUACAUCGCAAACCAGUGCCUUCAUUUUGAAUGUAAUUUUUUCAGUUGUAUAAACAAUAAACAUUACACUAAGCGCCCAUUUAAUUUCAGUUAGUAAUUUAAGAAAUACUUUUUGAUAUAGAAAAGUGCUAUUUAUGUUAAUUUUUAUGCAAAUAAGUUAAGUGUAAUUUGGAAAAUGUUAGCAUUCCAAUAUUCUCAAUUCAUAUUUGCAAUUGGCUUAUUACUGCUUUUGUUGCCUAAAGUAAAAUUUAUUUUAAAUAAAAUGUUUUAACAAUA